CACUACGGGACCCUCCUGGGCAGCAGAGCUUGUGCCCACAUGGCAGCAGCUGCCUGGGCCAGUGCCUUUCUCAAUGCUCUGCUGCACACAGCCAAUACAUUUCCCCUGCCCCUGUGCCACGGCAAUGCCCUGGGCCAGUUCUUCUGUGAAAUCCCACACAUCCUCAAGCUCUCCAUCUCACACUCCCAGCUCAGGGAACUUGGAUUUCUUGCUAUUGGUUCCUGUUUAGCAUUUGGUUCUUUUGUGUUCAUUGUUUUCUCCUAUGUGCAGAUCUUUAGGACUGUGCUGAGGAUCCCCUCUGAGCAGGGAUGGCACAAAGCCUUUUCCACCUGCCUCCCUCACCUGGCUGUGGUCUCCCUGUUCCUCAGCACUGUCAUUUUUGCCUACCUGAAGCCCCCAUCCAUCUCCUCCCCAUCCCUGGAUCUGGCAGUGUCAGUUCUGUACUCGGUGGUGCCUCCAGCCCUGAACCCCCUUAUCUACAGCCUGAGGAACCAGGAGCUCAGGAAUAGCCUGAAGAAAAUGAUAUCAAUUGGUUUUCAGAAGCAAUAAACUCUCAUUCUUCUGCAUAUCUCUUAUGAUGUUACUCUUUAAUUCUCACUCUGUGUCUUGUAUUUUUUGCCGUUUACAUAGGCGUUAAACUUUUGUGAAUUUGUUCACAGAACAAUGUUUGACUCCAGUAUUUUUAUUUUAAUAUUUAUCUGUC